UAGGUCCAAAGGCUUUAGCAUUGGAAUAAUCUGUGGCAGUAGCAGUCACGGGAACGUCUGUCUAACGUAGAACUUCAGAAGGCAGUGGCGAUAAUGGAGGAAAUAUUGUCAAAGUUGUUGGUUCCAGAUAAUGCCAUAAUUUUACAGGGAACUCGAGAACUUCAAGAAGCCUUCAAGAAACCAGAAGUAAUACCAGCUCUGUGUAAUGUUGUAGGGGUUUCUCAGAACCCUCAAAUCAGACAGUAUGCUGCUGUUCUUCUUCGAAAGAGACUGUCUAAAAGCAGGAAUUGGACGAAGUUGCCCGUUAAUGUUAAAAAUGGGAUAAAAGAAGGAAUUUUACAAGCUAUGGUUAAUGAACAAGAGACUUAUGUGAAGAAUUCUAUUGCCCAGUUUAUUGGAACAAUAGUAAGACAUGAGUUCCCCAAUCAGAACUGGCCAGAAAUGCUGCAGUUCAUACAACAGCUUACAAGCAGUGACAACAUAUCAGAUAAGGAGUUGGGGAUGUACACAAUGAGUGUAAUCACAGAUAUAUCUCCUGAUCAGUUUUUGCCUUUUAUUUCAUCAGUGGCUUUCCUGUUCAGUAAUGUGAUAAAUUCUCUUCAAGACCCUGGUUCAGCAUUGGGAUAUUACACAGUCCUCACAAUGAUCCACUUUGUACCACUUGCAGAAAGAGAUCAAAGGUUAUUGAAUGUAUAUCACCAGCUCAUGCCACAGGUGAUGCAGAUUGUCAGGGCACUGGUUGUUACUGACAGUCAGCAAGCUAUUAAGGCUAUGGAACUCUUUGAUGAUCUUGUUAAAUAUGCUGCAGUUGUGAUUGCGAGUUACAUUAAACCACUAGUUGAGAUGUUCCUUGAGUUUGCUAGCAACAGGACACUGGAUGAUGGCAUUCGUACCUUGGCAGUAACCUUUAUUGGUGUGUUAACACGAACCAAGAAAAAGGCUAUUGUGAAACACAAGCUAGUAAAUCCCAUCCUUGAAGUGAUAUUCCAGUUGUUGAGUCUCUCUCCAGAAUCUGGUGACAGAGAAGAUACAGAAGCAAUCAUUACUUCUGCCUCUCAUACCCUUGAUGUUAUGGCAUUACAUUUACCUCCUGACAAGCUUCUACCUCCACUGCUGCAGCAUAUCCAGAGAGGUCUUGAGGGUACAGAUUUGUAUGCUAAGAAAGCUUCUUAUCUGGCAUUAGCAGCCGUUGUUGAAGGUUGUUGUGAUUGUAUCCGUACAAAACACCUUGAAUCAUUUCUUCAGUGCAUAUGCAAAGGCAUUACUGACCAAGUUGCUAUAGUACGGGAUGCAGCUCUGUUUGCCCUUGGGCAGUUUUCUGAACAUCUACAGCCUGAUAUUAGCUGCUAUGCAUCUCAAAUUCUGCCUGUGCUCUUCGAUCAAUUUGCAAGCGUAUGCUCCCAGUUGCAAGAGAAAUUAGAACCCCAUGGCCUAGACCAUAUGUUCUAUGCACUAGAGAUGUUCUGUGAGAAUCUGGCAGAUGCACUGUUGCCAUAUUUGCCUACCCUCAUGGACAGACUGUUCACAGCACUAAAUCCAAAGAACUGUGUUCACCUUCGGGAACUGGCACUGAGUUGUAUUGGAGCUGCAGCUGUUGCUGCCAAGAGUGGAAUGGUUCCUUAUAUCCCUUGUAUUAUUGAAAGCUUGCUGUUAUAUUUAACUAUGGAAGUGAGUGAGGAGAUCAUGUGUCUUCAAACACAGUCACUUGAUACUCUUGGUGUACUGGCACAAAGUGUAGGAGCAGAACAUUUCUCAUCUCUAGCCCAAGAAACUGUCCAUCUAGGUCUGACUCUCCUGUGCAAAACAGAUGACCCAAAGCUACGCAAAAGUUGUUAUGGUUUGUUUGGGGCCCUGUCCGUAGUGCUGAAGGAUGACAUGAAAAAUGUACUGCCAACUAUAAUUGAAAAAAUGUUGGAUACUCUCAGAAGUUCAGAUGGAAUUGUUGAGGCACAUUAUAAUGAUGAUGAGGCUUCAGCCAUUGCUGUAUAUGAAGAUUUGAGUGACACUCCAGAUGAAGAAGAUAUUGAGAAUGAGUCUGAGGAAUCUGAAGAUGAAGAUAUUUCAGGUUACUGUAUUCAUAGUGCUGAUAUGGAAGAAAAGGAAGAGGCAUGCAGAGCUUUGUCAGAGAUUGCUAAAAAUUGUGGAGAAACUUUUAUACCGUACUUGGAGAAUAGUUUUGAAGAUGUGUUUAAAAUGACUAACUACCCAUAUGAAGACAUUCGUAAAGCUGCUGUAGAUGCUCUUUGUCAGUUCUGUAUCACUUUGAAUGGCAUACAAACCCCUGAAUGUAGGAUAGCUGUUUCCAAAGCUCUUUCAAUGCUGAUUCCCAAGUGUGCUGAGCUGAUCCAUACAGAUGAGGAAAGGAGUGUUGUUAUGAGAGCUUUGGAUGCUUACACAGAAGUGCUGAAAGAAAUACGGGGUCCCGUUCUUGAGGGAGAAGGACAUCGUGAUGCCAUUUUCAACUGUGUGAAGGAUGUUAUGACUUAUAAGACUGAAUGCCAAGGUGAAGAAGAUGAGGAUGGAGUUAACAUGGAUGACCCAGAAGCUGAACAAGAUGAGAUGUUGAUUGAAUAUGCAGGAGAUAUUGUUCCAGUGUUGGGUAAAGCCAUGGCACCUGAUGACUUUGCACAGUACUUCAGAGUGCUCCUUCCUCUGUUUGCCAACAGAACAAAAAAGCACUGCACUGUAGCACAGCGUUCUUUUGCCGUUGGAACCUUGUCAGAAUCACUGGAGCCACUUGGACCAAAUAUAGGACAGUUUGUACCACAACUACUGCCAUUGUUUCUGGAAUUGUCCAGAGAUGAGAGUGAUGAAGUAAGGAACAAUGCCAUCUAUGGUAUUGGGGAGAUGGCCCUUCAUGGCAAAGAAGCUGUUUUUCCCCAUUAUUUGGAGAUCCUCCAAGCACUAUCAACAACUGCAUCUAAAGAGAAACAUGCAGGGACACUCGAUAACGUUUGUGGAGCUCUGGCCAGGCUCAUCAUUACCAAUGUGUCUGGUGUGCCAAUGACACAGGUAUUUCCAGUGUUUGUGAAUUAUUUACCACUGAGAGAAGAUUUUGAUGAGAACAAAGCAGUAUUUGAAUGCAUGACAUACCUCUACCAACUGGGCCAUCCAAUGCUUCUUAGCCACUUGACUCCUGUCAUGAAGGCAGGAUUUGUAGUGCUGUGUGAACGUCAAGGAGUUAAGGAUACCUUGGACCUGGUAUUGAAUUUUAUGAAGACAAUGCAACUUAAUUUUCGUGAUCAAUGUUCUAAUGUUGUUGCUACUCUUCCACAAGAAUAUUUAUCAACAAUUCAGCAGAUGUUUUCAUAGCUGAUUUGUGUUAUUUUAUGACUUUGAAGUCAUAUAUUUGUAAAAUAAAUGCCUAAACAAUAUCUCUCUGAUGAAAAUUUGUGUACAAAGAAUGAACAUAUUGUCAUAAAAACUGAAGAAUUACAGGAAUAAUAGCUUUUGAACAUGAGCUAAAAUUAUUUCAUACUGUGUUUAAAAUAAAUCCUUUUAGUAAAUUAUGUGUUAGAAUCACUAUUAUAAAGAAUUUAUGACAAAUAUUUAAUUAAACUUCAUGUUAUUGUUGUGAUAUUGUGUAAUGUAUCCAUUCUAUUUAAAAUUUAUGAUACAGGUUCAGUAAAAGGUUAUGGCACCAAGAGAGAAACAACAUGUAUUUAUGAAUUUGCCGUGUUAUGAUGUGUCUCAGAUUAUAAAAAGACUGAAAUAAUAUAUGCCAUUUUUCUUCUUCUUA